AUAAAUGAUAUAAUUAUAUUAAAAAUAUAAAAAAUGAAAUAGGGCGAUUUUUACUACGAGCCACCCUUGCAUGGUUUGGCCGUUAAGAACGCUCCCCCGGUCAAAGAAAAUAUUGGUGUUGGCAAUGCUAUCCUAUGCUUAAUGCUCAUUCAAUUCAUUCUCUAUUCUCAUCAUUAUCAUUAUCAUCAUCAUCAUAAUCCAAAUCCAAAUCCAAUCCAUCACAUCCAUGCAUUCCUUUCGCAGCAGCAACAGCAAGAUCAGCAACAAUGAAUCCACGGCUGUGGUACAACGUUCCCUCUCAAACUGCAGCCGCCCCUCCUCCUCCACCCGCCGUGUUGUACAACGCUCCGCCUCCGCCUCCGCCAGGUUCACUCGCCAGAACACUGAGGUCAUGCUCAAUGACAUCGUAGGAAAUGGGAUCUCCGGCAUCCUCUACAAAUGGGUCAACUACGGCCGUGGAUGGCGCCCCCGCUGGUUCGUCCUCCAUGACGGUGUCCUCUCUUAUUAUAAGAUCCAUGGCCCUGAUAAGCUCGUCCUCAACCGCGACGUCGAGUCGCUGUCGAAAGUCAUCGGUGAAGAGUCCCUCCGCCGCAUCUCCAGCCACCGCCAUUCUCCCUCCCGCAACCGCCGCAAACCUGUCAGCGAAAUCCACCUCAUGGUGUGUUCGGUACGAGAGAACAAGUCAGAUGAGAGGAGGUUUUCAAUAUGCACCGGAACCAAGAAGAGGCUGCAUUUGAGAGCAGAAAGCAGAGAAGACAGAGCAACAUGGAUGGAGGCAAUGGUGGCAGUGAAGAACAUGUACCCUCGACUUCCCAGCACAGAGGUCAUGUCCCCCACCAUGUCCACGGUGGUUUCCACCGACAAGUUGAGGCAGCGCCUCUUGCAGGAGGGUGUGAGUGAAGCUGCUAUUCGUGAAAGUGAAGACAUCAUGAGGUCUGAAUUCUCUGAGUUGCAAAAGCAUGUUGUGGCUCUCAAAUACAAGCAGUCUCUACUUAUUGACACACUGCGACAUCUAGAGGUGCUUCAUUCUACGGAGAAGGUUGACUUGGAGAACACACUUGUUGAAGAUCAAAGGCAUUCAAGGGAUGAAGGGGAUCCCUAUCUAUCAACUCAUGAAAAGUACAGUGAUGGAAGUGGCAGUGAUUACUCUGAUGAGCAGGACAGGCAUGAUCCCUCUGAUGAUGACCGCGAUGCAUUCUUUGACACACUUGAAAUUUUCUCAACAAGUUCAGUUAGAAGUAAUGGAUCAGACCAAUGUGAAGAGAAAAGUUCAACUGGAAAACAUGACCCAAUGUCGCCCAUAGGAUCUGUUGGAUUCAACUAUCCUUACAUCCAGCGAAGAAUGAAGUUGCCUGAUCCGGCUGAGAAAGAGAGUGCAGUCAGUCUAUGGUCAAUAAUCAAAGAUAAUAUUGGGAAGGAUCUUACAAAAGUUUGUCUCCCAGUUUACUUCAAUGAACCCCUCUCCUCAUUGCAGAAAUGUUUUGAAGAUCUAGAGUACUCUUACCUCCUAGACCAAGCAUGUGAAUGGGGUAAAAUGGGUGACAGUUUGAUGAGGAUGCUACAUGUGGCUGCAUUUGCAGUUUCAGGGUAUGCCUGCACUAGUGGUAGAAGUUGCAAACCAUUUAAUCCACUGUUGGGUGAGACAUAUGAGGCAGAUUGUCCAGACAAAGGCCUUCAAUUUAUCUCUGAGAAGGUCAGUCAUCACCCCAUGAUUGUUGCAUGUCAUUGUGAGGGCCGUGGCUGGAAAUUUUGGGGUGACAGCAAUUUAAAGAGCAAAUUUUGGGGUCGAUCGAUUCAGGUUGAUCCUGUUGGAGUAUUGACUUUGGAAUUUGAUGAUGGGGAAGUGUUCCAUUGGAGCAAGGUAACCACAUCCAUUUACAACCUCAUUUUAGGAAAACUCUACUGUGACCAUUAUGGUACAAUGAGAGUAGAGGGGAACCGUGAGUAUACAUGUAAGAUCAAAUUCAAGGAGCAAUCCAUCAUUGAUAGAAACCCCCACCAGGUUCAUGGCAUAGUAGAAGAUAAGAAAGGUAAAACGGUGGCAACUAUAUUUGGAAAGUGGGAUGAGAGUUUGCAUUACGUAAUUGGAGGGCAUUCAGGGAAAGGAUCCAAUGUGUCAGCAAAACCACAACUUUUGUGGAAGAGGAGCCCUGUACCAGAGUACCAGACAAGGUACAACCUCACACAGUUUGCUACUACACUGAAUGAAAUCACACCUGGACUAAAGGAGAAGCUGCCACCAACAGAUUCCAGGCUGAGGCCUGAUCAAAGAUGUUUGGAGAAUGGAGAAUAUGAAAUGGCCAAUUCUGAGAAGUUGCGGUUGGAACAAAGACAGCGGCAGGCACGGAAGAUGCAAGAGAAGGGUUGGCAACCAAGGUGGUUUGCUAAGGAAAAAGGCAGCAACACUUACCGCUAUGUUGGUGGAUACUGGGAGGCAAGGGAAAAGGGGAGCUGGGAAUCUUGUCCUGACAUUUUUGGCCAAUUCUCAGCUGAUCCUGAUUCGACCCCAACUCCAUAAAUUAUUAAGUGCAUGUUUGGAAACUCUUCUACAUUUGAAGCAAGAGUCUCAAUUCUGGAGAGAAGUUUAUGGGAGUAACUUCUAGGUUUCAGAACUCGUCGUGAAAGAGAAGCUGAUUCAAACAUGUUAUAACUCUUUUCACUGAGAUCCCGACCUAGUCCCCUCCCCACCAAUACAUCCCCUUGAUCGUAUAUUCACAGCCAUAUUUAUGGUCAUUACUUCGUCGAGCAUAUAAAAGCCUUUUGUGUACUAUGUAUGCGUAUAUAGAAUAGAGUGGUUGUUUUCAAGAAAGUAACUUCCACCACAACUACUUUUCUUGCUGUAAGAUACUCAUUUCAAAGACCCCAUUUCAAACUCUAGGGUUUUGGGGUGGAGUUGAACUUUGAAUGGAAGUCAUAGUUGGUACACAACCAAUACUGAACUAGUCAUUCAAACUUUACAUUACAUUCUUAAUGUGUAAAAGGAAAACCCACUACAUAAACAUGCACUUGUUUAUGUUUAUUCUAAA